CGCGUCAUCAUGCGGGAUCGCAUCACCCAGAAAGAUGUUUCAUACCACCUGUACCAGGUUGCGAAUGGGAUGCCGUUCUCUCCGUCAUAUUGGAAAUCUUACAUCCCGUUUGCCAACGCUCCAGCUGAAGUGGACUCGGUUUUCACUGUGGUGGGUUUUAGAUUUAGGGAUGACAGUUUCUCAGUGAGUGCUUGGAAUACCAAUAUCUGCCUUUGUGCUUAUUGAUGCAUAGCCGGCUUUUACUGCUGAAUGUAAUCUUGCUGCUGUUGUAGUAAUUGGCUUAACUGCGAAUGAUCAGCAAGCGUCGUCGUCCGUGUUAUAUACUCGCGGUUAAUGAGCCGUAGAGUCGUUAGAACAAAGACUUUCACCGCACCAAAUAGUGUAUUGACCGAAUGUUAAUUCACAUGAAAGAGUUAAGAAAGCUGACAGUAUGGGGUAAAGUGUAUCAGACAGGUCGCCUCGCAUAGUCGUCGACCUCAUGUAUAUGAACAGUGGGUUAGUGAUGUUCACGCUCCGGGGUAUGGGACGGCGUUGUACUUUUAAGGCACCGGAUCGCCUGGCGUAGUACCAUGCUUGUCAGCAACACCUAUUCUCUUGUCUUAUGCUACUUUGUUGUUUUUUAUCCAGGUCCGUACUACAAAUACCGCACGUUCAGCGACUUUGCAACCACACCCAUCGUGUCACGUGAAGCUUCCGCGGAACACUUGGUGCAAAGGUUACAGGAAGCACCGUUAUUUGGAGUUGCAUACCUCAUACUAUCGCAUUUCUACACCGUUGAUUAUGUCCGAUUGGAGGAAUUCAACGAGCGCAACUUCUCCUAUCGGUUCGCUUACAUGAUAAUAAUCUUCUUCGUGUUCCGAUUACGUGUGUAUUUCGCUUGGAAAAUGGCCGAAUGUGUGUGUAUUGCGUCUGGCCUGGGCGCGUAUCCACCCGAGUCCGCACCUGUGGUCGGAGAGGGCCCAACGGAUUUGAAGGCAUUCGACAAAUGGAUGACAAAAAACAUUUCCACACCAUGUCCUGCAUCUAAAACUGCUGAGUCAAACACACGCCUUGUGAACUCCUUACACACGAUCAAUAGUAACGGAGGUGUGGGCUUGGCCUCUCCGAUUGUUGUUCACGAGACUAUAGAUUACACCACGAUCACUAACAUCAGCGUUUGGGGUUGUGAGUUCACUACCACUGUGCGGGAGGGAAUGCGAUCUUGGAAUCAAACGGUGCAGUACUGGCUCGCCUUCAACUUUUUCAAACGAUGCUAUGGGAGCCGAGCUAUGCGCUACAUCUGGACAAUGCUGGUGAGUGCGUACUGGCAUGGUCUGUAUCCAGGCUACUACCUCUCGUUCCUCACAAUCCCCCUGGCGAUGGUCGCUGAAUCCGAGUUAGCCGUGGUGAUCUGCUCAUGUGGCCGAGGCCUCCCAUCGGGAAGCCUAUCCUUUUUCUCCUGGAUACUCAAAAUGCGUGUAUUCGAAUACUGCUGCAUGGGCUUUCUCUUGUUGGAUGCCGAAGGGACUUUGGCCUAUUGGCACAGUAUCGGGUACUGUGUGCACGUGUUGUUGGUUAUGAUCAUUGUGCUCGGUGUCGUAUUACGCCGCCUCUGCCCCGAUGCAGCGGCGGCGGCGGCUGCUGCUGCUGCGUCCUCCGUGCUUCGCACUGUACCCACUGCCACUGAACGGUUGGACACGGCUUCCGAAAGCAAAGUGUAUCCGUGAUGCAAUUCAUCCAAUCCCCAUCCUCGCAUUUGUUUGUUCUUUCUCGCCCCCCCCCCCUCCCGAUGGUUUUCUAGCCUCAAUGUGUCACCGUGACACAAUUAUCCGCUCUUCAAAUCAACGGGGUUGCCUCACUCACUUCCAUACGCAUUUUUGACUUUCGUUCUAUUGCAAACCUCAUCUAAUUACUUUGUGAACGGGUAUUUCUCAUUUUUUUCACUCCGCUUCAUCUUUCACAGUCACUUCCGAACGGUUCACCCCCUGAGAAUCGUACUUGCUUUCGGUUUACACUGGACAACUCCGUUAACUACUGCAUUUCCUUCUAGAUGAAUCUCUUCCUAUAUCUCUUUUAUUUACAUACCUUUCUGAUGAUGAUCAGCGCGCCUAAAUUAGUGUUAUUGUUUUUUUUCAGAGAAUUUCGUUUUUAUUUAUGAUUUACAGAUUCCUAUUCUACCAUUUUGUACUCCUUCCAAGUUAGAGUGUGUUUGUGGAAUGUAAACGCACCACGAAUAAAUUGUUCGCUUGAGUGGAA